AUGAAGCUGUUACGAUUGCUGCCGACCCUUUUACUGGGUGUCGCAUUCUCUCAAGGGUGCGUCGUGCCUACGUCUUGGCUCAGUGUCAUAUCGCGCAUGCACUCGGUGCGUGUGCUUGUGCCGCGGGCCCCCGUGGCUGACCCUUCCUGGCUCACUCACCACCCACUCUCAGCGUUCUCGCCUGGGACAACGAAGAUCAGUGAGUUCCUGCAGGGCUCUUGUUGGGCACUGCAGUCCGGGAAUAUGCCUCUGACCAGGCUCCUUGUUGUGAUGGUGCUGUAGUGAAAUCUUUGACAUUGUUUCUGCGCUCGAACAAGCCGAGGGCAAAGGCACCACCUUUUGUACGUCUUGCCUUCUAUCCCGUUCGGGUUGGUCGCUCGGCCUGUGCUUCGAUGGGCUCACUUUGUACCUUGGUCCUACACAGACUCUUUCGUGAAUGUGACCAAAUCCGCAACCGAAAAGGACAUCACAAAAGCGUACCGCAAGCUGUCGCUGGAGAUGCAGUCAGUUCCCCUUCGCUCGCCGCAUCGUCCCCCCCGCCCCGCACCCGAUUGGCGAGCUGACUACCCCCUGCACACUCUCACUACUUGACCCCCCUGCUCGUAUACAGCCCGGACAAGGUUGGGGAUGACAAAGUCGUCGCAGACCGCUUCGCCAGGCUCGGCACGAUCGUCGGUAUCCUCCGCGAUGCUGAAAAGAGGAAGAGGUUCGUUGUAUCUCGAGAUUUCGAGUCGCAUCGCAGGUGAAUCUUAGAAUUGAUUUGAUUCAUUGAGCUGGCUGGGUUCAGGUACGACUUUUUCUACGACCACGGUGUCCCCAAGUGGCGAGGAACGGGCUGUAAGUAGGACGCGUCUCGACUGCUUCCGGUCGCGUGACCUUUUUUUCUCGACUUGAACCCGUGUCACGCGUCGGUCGUACAUACCUGAAUCAUUCAAGACUAAACCAGGACAUCUUCUUGUUCAAUUAUAGACUACUACUCGCGUUGGAGGCCCGGAUUUGGCACGGUUGUGGCUUCGUUGCUCGUCUUUUCGUGCUUCGUCCACUACUUCAUCCUCGUCGUGUCCUACUACAUCUCCAAGAUGAGGAUCAAGGUGUGAGUAGUUGAUGGGCUCAUGUUUCCUUGCAAGUCGCGCAGAAAGGCUGAUUCGAAUUGUCCAUACCUGCAGCUUCCACCAACAAGCGCUCGAGCAUGCCUGGGGAGCCGGCAAGAAGCCCCUCGCCGGUCGCAAGCGUUUGCACCUCAAGACGGGCGACCAAGGCGACCCUCUCGGCGUGCCCGGUAUCAAUGGCGGUCGCCCGACCGCUCCUGGUGCGAUCAUCCAAAUGGUCGUUGAAGGCACUUCCGUCUACGUCGUGGAGGAUGGAGAGGGUGAGCCUUCGAUCUUGAAAACGUGCCCCUCGGAUUCGCCGUACCCACUGAUGCCCAACCCUGUCUUGCACAGAACACCUCUUCUCGGAAGCCAACGCCAAGUGGCCUUCGGCUUCUCAAACCUGGGUCCCUCGCAUCAUCAAGAACCGUUCGGAAUGGUACGCCUGGGCCACGGGCCACGGACCCGUUGCCGAUUCUUCUUCCAACGGUCAAGGCGAGUACGAGACGACGACCGAGACGCGCGUUAAUGAGAAGACGGGCAAGAAAGAGACGGUCGUGGUGAAGAAACCUAAAGGACCUAUGAGGGGAGUGGAGUUGCAGGGCAAGGUCGGCGGAAGGAGGCGUGUGGUCAAGCCUUCGAAGCCUGUUGCGCCGGCUAAGGAGGAGAAGAAGGAGAAGUAA